CAGGUGGGGACAAGGCACCCUGCACAGAAGCAAGUCCAAGUGACACCAGCGGACUGAAGGCACCCCUACCAGGGACUCCACAGGAACAAUGGGGAACCAGAUCAGUGUCCCGCAAAGAGCCGAAGACCCAGAGCACGACUCAGAAACACACACUCGCGAGGCGGCAUCCAGGAGCGACUGUGUUCAAAACGGGAUGCCGGUGAUGGUGUCAACGCACACGGUUCAGCUCUACGACGAAGUCGACUUGGGAAUAAGUGUCCGGGACGACAAUGUGGCCGCUUCUUCCCCCGAGACCGUGGAGAGCCGCGCCGUCGCGGGUGCCAACGGAAAGAAUCUUGGGAAAGAGGCCAACCCCGAGGCACCAGCUGCCAGAUCGCGUUUUUUCUUGUCACUCUCUCGGCCUGUACCAGGGCGUACCGGAGACGGAGCUGAGGACCCAGCCAGGGCCCCAGGGGCGCCCCCUGUCCGCUCGGCCGCAGCGCCGGGGAACAAAGCCCCGAGUGACAGCAUGGCCCUUCCGCCCGCAGCUGCCCAGGGGCACGACCCAGAUAAGAACCCCGGCCAGACCCCCGCCCGCCGCCAAGUCCUCUCUGCCACUUGGGGCUCGGGGCCUCUGCCACCCGAGCCAGGGCGAGCGUCCCCCUCCAAGCCAAAGGACGCCAGCUUUUUGGACAAACUCUUCAAACUGGACAAGGGGCAGGAAAAGGCACCCGCUGUCGGCCACCAGGAAGCCAAGAGCCUGGCGCCCCCGGACCCGGCUGACGACCUUCCUGGACGCCCCGGGCCGUCGGACCAUGUCCCCGCGGAGAGGGGCAUAGUUGAAGGCAAAGACGAAGGACAGGAAAUCACACCUGCGAGUUGCUCUCUCCCGGGGGACCCCAAAGAGCUGGAGGUUGCCAAGGAGGGCCCCCAGACAGGAGAUAUAACUGAGGAUAACAAUUCCAUCAUGAGCUUCUUUAAAACACUGGUUUCGCCUAACAAAGCUGAAACAAAAAAAGACCUGGAAGAUACGGCACGCAAAGCAGAAAGUGUCUCCGACGGGCAAGCUGGGCAGAAGAUGUCCGAGACCCCUGUGAAGGGCGCCAAGAAAAAACACCUGCAUAGCCCCCGGCUAGGGCUCACCUUUAGAAAGUUCUUUAGGCAUAAGGGUGCUGAAAAGUCACCCACCACCUCAACAGACCUCAAGUCGGACAAAGCCACCUUUGUACCCCAGGAGACCCAAGGGGCAGCCAAGAAUCCUACACCCACAGAAACAGCAAAGGAGGGUGCCAAGCAGAAGGGGGGACCCUCCUCUCUGCCUCUGAGCAAACUGUUCUGGAAAAAGUCAGUUAAAGAGGAUUCAGUCCCCCCAGGUGCAGAGGAGAAUGUGGUGUGCGAGUCACCAGUAGAGGUUACAAAGUCCGAGGAAGCGGAGUCGGCCCUGCAGACAGUGGACCUCGGUGAAGAGGGGCCCACCCCCGAACCCGCUGAAGGAAGGCUCGGAAGAGAAGAACACAAGCCGCCGAGAUCCUCCCUGAUGGCGUUCCUCAGACAAAUGGUAAUGAAAGGGGAUGGAGGGGUCACCCAUCCAGAAGAAAUAAAUGGGAAAGACUCCAGCUACCAAACACCGGACCCCGCGGAGAAGGCCAGCACGCCGCGCGAGCCAGCAGGAGCAAGCCACAGGGGCAAGGAGGGCUCCUCAAAGGACAGGAAGGCCACGGCCGAGGUCAACAAGCCGCGGAGCGACAAGCAGGAAGCCAAAGAGCCCGCCCCGUGCCCGUGUGCAGAGCCCGCUGCGGGGCAGGCCGGAGCACCACAGAACGGGGACAGGCCCCACAAGAGACCCGCGAAGCGGCGGCAGUCCCUCGGGGGCUUCUUCAAGGGCCUGGGACCAAAGCGGAUGUUGGAUGCUCAAGUGCAGACAGACCCCGUAGCCAUUGGCCCAGUUGGCAAAUCCAAGUAAACAAAUCGCCACAGUUUCCACCAAGUCCUCCUGCCACCAAGAUGCUUCCUCCCUGUCCGUCUCCUCCCCAAAGCCACUCCAUGUAUAUAUAUAUUUUUUCUUCUGAUGGCCAUCAAUGAAAUUCUGCCUACAAACCAAGCCUGA